ACUGUGCCCAUCCCCCCUGCCAUGUGGGAACUGCGGUCAGCCUCCUUCUGGAGGGCCAUAUUUGCUGAAUUCUUUGCCACCCUCUUCUAUGUCUUCUUUGGACUGGGGUCCUCACUGCGUUGGGCUCCUGGACCACUACAUGUCCUACAGGUGGCUCUGGCCUUUGGCCUGGCCUUGGCUACGCUGGUGCAGGCUGUGGGCCACAUCAGUGGAGCCCACGUCAAUCCUGCAGUCACUUUUGCCUUCCUUGUGGGCUCCCAGAUGUCCCUGCUCCGUGCCUUCUGCUAUAUGGCAGCCCAGCUCCUGGGAGCCGUGGCGGGGGCCGCUGUGCUGUAUAGUGUUACCCCGCCGGCCGUCCGAGGAAACCUAGCACUCAACACGUUACACCCUGGGGUGAGUGUGGGCCAGGCCACCAUGGUGGAGAUCUUCCUGACGCUCCAGUUCGUGCUCUGCAUCUUUGCCACAUAUGACGAGAGGCGGAAUGGCCGACUGGGCUCCGUGGCGCUGGCUGUUGGCUUCUCCCUCACCCUGGGGCACCUCUUUGGGAUGUAUUAUACUGGUGCAGGCAUGAAUCCUGCCCGCUCCUUUGCUCCUGCCAUUCUCACCCGGAACUUCACCAACCACUGGGUGUACUGGGUGGGACCAAUCAUUGGAGGGGGUCUGGGCAGCCUCCUCUACGACUUUCUCCUCUUCCCUCGGCUCAAGAGUGUUUCUGAGAGACUGUCUAUACUCAAGGGUGCCAGACCCAGUGACCCUAAUGGACAACCAGAGGUCACAGGGGAACCUGUUGAACUGAAGACCCAGGCCCUGUAAAACUCCAGCUGGAGAGAGGGAGUAGAAAGCUUCUGGGUUUAUGUGGAAGUGCUGAUCUAGCCUUCUGGAUGAAGAAAGAGACUGUGGGGAGGGGCAUGUACUUCUUUAUUUUUUAACUUAUGUGUGUGUUUUUUUUCCCCUUUUGCUGUGUGAAAUCUUUCAAGUUGCAUUCACGAGCUGGUUGGUGCAAACUUCCCUUCCUCCCCAUCCCACCUCCUUUCGCCGUGUGUGGCUGAUUGUGCAUAUGAAUGUGAGUGAGUGUGGCUGUGUCUGAGAGGUAGGGAAGGAAAAGAGGUGUCAUCCUAUACCUGCCUUCCUCAACCCAGGGUGGUGAGCACAAGGAACCCAAACCUUAGGUUUCUGGCCUCUAAUCUGUUGCCAGUCAAGUGUAUAGGUUUUGAUUUCUGAGGGAAAAGGGAAGCGGGGGAUCACUUCUCACAAGAAGCAGAGAAAUGCAAGAGACAAGGCAUUCCAAGGGUUGGGAGAAGGAACUUCAUGGAGGUAGGUGACAGAAGAAAUGGAGCUAUUAGCCCAGCUCAGGAUGCCAGUGUACCAAAAAGUUUUAGGGAA